AUGUGUCUAUGUUACCCACUCAACCGCGCACACUGCAUGACGACUACGCCUCCAGAGGAAUUCGUAGUCAAGGAUGGCGAAAUUGCAGGACGUUUGCAGUUCAACCCUCAUCGCGACGCCUGGUUCCUACUUCUGUACGCCGUGAAAGAACACCCGCUGGUUGUCAGCAGACAUCUCUUGCAGACAAUCUACGUUUAUAUAGAAGACACCUCUCAGGGUGCUUUGACGAAGAAGUUAACAUUUGAAAAUUCUCUACACGUACCUUUAGGACCCGUUGAUACGAUGUCAGAUCAAGGCCUGUUUGAAGUUGGAGACCAUUCUGGUUCUAUUGGCAAUCAACCCCUUCAAAUUGAACAACUGCUGUAUUCUAGGCGAUGCCCUCUUAUCAAGAUGCAUCAGCUGAGGUGGUGGCGUAAGUCCGGUAAAUUACUAGACACUCACCCCAGAUGUGGUCAUGAGUCAUUACAACCACUGUCCCCUGCAUGGCUGCAUCUGCCUGGUCUAUGUGUGGAUUUCCAUACGUUCCCAGGCCGAAACCAGCAGGAGUGCCGCCGGCAGGGAACGUGGCCCCACUCAAACCAUCUGGGACGUGCCAACGUCCAGCGGCAGUUCAAAAUGAUGUUGUCAAGAACAUGCUACAAGGCAAGCCUUGACAUUCUAGGCCUAGUUACCACCACCAUAGCCGACGCCAAACCGUGCACAGUUCAUGAUGACGGGAAAUCCGACUUGAACACUUUGAAGGCGAGAAAGUUCAAUGCCAGAUCCAGCGUAUUCGACUCUAAACCCCGCACUGUCACUAUCUCAGAAGGCUCGCAUUGCACAACGAAAGACGAGACGUUCGGGCCUCAGCAGUCGUUGACUUUGAAUGCGCCUUUUUCUCGUCCUCCUGAUGCAACCUAUACUGUCCUCGGCACCCUUUACAUCGAAGCAUGGAACUGGAUCUGCGACAUCACCCGAGUCUCUGGGCUCAUCAGUGGUGAUGGUCGCAGUCGCCCUGCCACUUCUGCUUCAACAUCAUCGUGGCUCCCAUUCUCCGCCAACAGCAAUGCAACACCCAACCCCGCUAGCCACGUACAAGGGUCAAACAUUGACCCAGAGGAUGUUGUUGACCGCAUCCAAGUUGCCUCCCCCUAA